CACCUCCUUCGAUCAGUUUCUGGAAACCCAACAAACGCCUCAUUAGUCAUUCACGCUCUCUAUUGCGCGCUCGCUUGAUCCUUUCGAUCUCUAUCGGCCAUCGCCAUGGGUGCUGUUGCGAGUCCAGAGAGGAUCGAUUCGUCGCCGCAAUUGGAUGCGUCUCCUUCGAAACGUAACUCCGACGCGUCGUCUGAUCGUUCCUCCACAGCUACUCUACCCAGCACCGCCGACGCGCAGGAUCGCAGCGAUCAAGAGCUAUCAAUUUCCGGUUCCAGCCCUAAAAGAAGCGUUGAAUUUCAGUCUCCAUCAGCAUCGAAAAGUGAAGAGUAUCGACAAUUGUUUCGUCUUCCGCCCGACGAAGUCCUUGUCCAAGACUUUAAUUGUGCUUCUCAGGAGAGUAUUCUUCUCCAGGGUCACAUGUACCUGUUUACUCGGUACAUAUGCUUCUAUUCCAACAUAUUUGGAUAUGAGACAAAGAAAAUAAUUCCAUUCCUUGAAGUCACUAGUGUAAUAAGAGCGAAGACAGCUGGAAUCUUUCCUAAUGCUAUAGAGAUAGUUGCUGGAGGGAGAAAGUAUUUCUUUGGGUCCUUUCUAUCCCGUGAUGAAGCUUUUAGGAUCAUUAAUGAUGGAUGGUUGAAGCAGGAUUCUAUUUCUGAAUCUGGCAGCCUAGAGAAUGGAAGUAUUGCGAUUGAAAAGGAUAAUAGCUCCAAACAGCCAAUUGAUGAAUGGGAUACUAUUGAGAGGGAUAAGGAUGCUCUCUAUCCUACUGAUCCAAUGAUUUUACCAAAUGCUGAAAAUGGGGUUCUUUCAACUACCCAUACAGAAGUAAAUGAUAAUAUGGAACAGGAUGUUGAACCAUCUGUAUGUUCUGACCUUUCAUCUUCAACAAAUGCUUGGGCAUGGAAGGUGGAGAAUUCUGAUCCACUUGAGAUGCCAGAGUCUUAUACGAAAGUUGCAGAAACAAAGUUUCCGAUAAAAGUAGAGGAGUUCUUCAGUUUGUUCUUCUCGGAUGGUUCAACUGGUUUCAUUGAAUCUUUUCAUCAGCAAUGCAAAGAUCAAGAUUUUUUGAGCACUUCAUGGUCUCAACAUGACGAAUUUGGGUAUGCUCGCGAUGUUUCAUUUCGACAUCCUAUAAAAAUAUAUCUUGGUGCUAAACUUGGUAGCUGCAAAGAGGUCCAAAAAUUUCGAGUUUACAGGAACAGUCAUUUGGUUAUUGAGACAUCACAAACAGUCAAUGAUGUACCUUUUGGUGAUUACUUUAGCGUGGAGGUGCGUUGGGAUGUACAGAGAGAUGGCGAUGAAUCAACAGAAGGCUGUGUUUUGCGGGUAUAUAUAGAUGUGAAAUUUACAAAAAGAACUUUCUGGAAAGGCAAAAUAGUGCAGUCUACUCUGGACGAAUGUCGUGAAGUUUAUGCUUUAUGGAUUCAAAUGGCACACGAAUUUUUGAAGCAGAGGAACCUUGAGAUACAAGAAGAGGUGGAUCUUGCUGUGAACAUGAUUCAGAAUGGAGAAGUUAAUUCUGAAAGGGAAUUAAAGACUAGAGAAUCUUUAGAAAGGGUGCAGGAAUCCAUUGAGAUUAUAAGGAGGCAGCGGUUGUCUGAUUCAACGGAUGUUAACCGACAAUCUGGCAGUUUUAUGCAAAGAAAUCCGAACACCACCACAUCUAGUUCAAGUUUGUUGAGUGAACAUGUGGAGAAAUUCUGUUCAUAUUUGAAAUGUCAGAGUCCAAUUUCACUUAUCCUAGUUAUUGCCUUUGCUGUGAUAAUCCUGAUGCAGGUAAGCAUACUUGUGCUAUUAAACAGACCCCAAAAUGUCCAUGUGGCUUCUCCAGUAGAAUAUAUGUAUGGGUUGAGUGGUGGAUCUGGUGAAAGAUCAGCUGAAGCCCUAGCGUGGUUGGAGAAGAGGAUGCACCAUCUUAAGGACGAUAUGUUUAUGGUCGAGGCUCGGCUGGAGAGGAUGCGAAAUGAGCAUGCUUUGUUGAAAGCUCAUAUGAAAGACCUAGAUCUUCGCCGGCGCAGAUGAUACUUACGUUGUUAUGUCUAUUACUCAAUUGUAUAUCUAUUACUCUUCCUUUCUUGUAUAUGUUGAUCACUUACAAUUCAUCUGUAAAAGAAACUUGUCAUCCGGGGAAGAACGCUGUUAGGUAAGUGGAAGCAUUGAGGAAUGUGGGUGUACAUUCUGUUCCCGCCAUUAUUGAUGGUCGGAGGCCAUAGCGAACUGGACGACUGAUCGGUCAUUGAUAUCGGAUUCCACGGCUGAUUUCGACCUCUGAUAUGCACUGUACGUAUUUUCCAUUACUUUAAUUUCAGUCAUCUACAUUAACCGAAAGUAUGGCUAGUGUUUUGUUUGACCCAAUUUCGGACAAGGCUGUUGUACUCUAUUUCAAGUUGAAGUAUUAUCCUCGUGACCAUGGUUC